UUACUAUGAAGACAACCUAUAGCAUCGAACAGACCAAUGCAGAGGAGUAAUAUUGAAAGUUUCUUUUCCGUGUACUAUUUCCACUUCCUUUAGGGUGUGACCUUCCGGAAGUGAUUGUUGCUGCUGUCGCCAGGGAGAGCUGCGGGGGCAGUGGGGACCUGCGGCCUGGAGGAGGAACGGCGAUAUACAUAAGCGGAUUGAAAGAAGUGUUUGUUCAUUAUCAACAAAUUAUUUUUCACCACAAACAUGGAUGGGGAAGAGAAGACUUAUGGAGGCUGUGAAGGCCCUGAUGCUAUGUACGUAAAGCUGAUUUCAUCAGAUGGCCAUGAGUUUAUUGUUAAAAGAGAACAUGCACUGACAUCAGGAACAAUAAAAGCCAUGUUAAGUGGCCCAGGUCAAUUUGCAGAAAAUGAAACAAAUGAAGUGAAUUUCAGAGAGAUUCCCUCCCACGUUCUAUCCAAAGUCUGCAUGUAUUUUACUUACAAAGUUCGUUAUACAAACAGCUCCACAGAAAUACCUGAAUUUCCUAUUGCGCCUGAGAUCGCACUGGAACUUCUGAUGGCAGCAAACUUCUUAGACUGUUAAAUAAAAUAAAUUAUGGGAAAUGAUUGUUUUCUUUUGUAUUUAAAAGCUUUAGUUUGGAUAGUGUUUUUUCACAUAGCAUGUUUUCUGCAUUUUUUCUGAACAGUGUAUAAUAUAUGGCAGUAUAUAAAAUAAUCUAAAUCCUUCUUUUGCAGAGCAAAAGGUUAUUAAAGCUUUGCUUCCGGGCUUACAUUUUGCUCUCUCACAAUCUGUCCAUAAUAAACCAAUAUGACAAUUGUU